UUGACAGUUGUGUCUAGGGUAGCUUCAAGAUUUUGUUUUAGCUAACUUAUGGUAAAAGUUGUGCUUUUCAGUUGAAUUAGGACGUCGUUCCUUAACUUUUAAUGGUAUUGUUUAAACCAAGAGAUGGAUGAAGAUGAACGGCAGAGGAAGCUGGAAGCAGGAAGAGCUAAGAAAUCCUCCAAUAUGCUGCGAAACCAGUCGCUUGCUAGCUUCAGACAGAAGCGGGCGAAAGGCGACAGUUCGGGGGCGGCGAAAAAGACGCAGAAGAGGAAGGGCCAGACUGUCUCGCAGAAUGACAGCUCGACGCAAGAUCGCUACGUAGAACAAGCACCUCCAUCAGUCAAUGACACCGAGCUGAACAGCAAGACCAACCAUGAGGAACCCCAAAAGCCAGAGAAAUCAGAGGUUCAGCAGAACCAACGACAGACGGAUCAGCCCACCACCCUGGAGCAAAGCCCGUCCCCUGUGGAAGAGCUGAGAGACGAGGAGCUACUUGCACUUACUGGCAAGGAGCAGCUCAAGCAGUUACAGCAGGCUGUGGAGAAGCGUAAUGACAUAAUUGCCAAGCUCAGCUCCAACCUGCAGGAGGCCCUGGCCAGUAGAGACCAGGUGCAACUGGAGGCACGGUCACUUGCUGGACAGAUUCAGGCACUACAGAAACAGCUCCAACAGACCAGUGCAGAGUUUCUGCGCAUCAAAAGUCAGUCGGGGGCUGAAGUCCUCAAAACUUAUCGACAGCAGCCUCAGCAUGGCCAAUGGUCCCCAGAUGGAGACCUCAAUCAUAAGGAGGCACCAUCAGAGGGAUCAGAAAAUGGAGGACCUGCCUCUCAUACAAGUGUUGCAGGCUUCAGCACUGAAAACAACACUGAGACUGUCACUGUUGUGCACAACCUUAGGGCUGAGCUGGAAGAAGAAAGAGAGAACAGCCAACGCAUAUGUGCUGAACUAGCAGAGGAGAUGGAGAAACACCAACAUGUGCUUUCUUUACUGGAGAAGGAGAAGACAGGCAGAGAAGAGGAACGAAAAGAAAGGGAGGCACAGCUGCAAGAUCUCCAGACCCAAUUGAGCCAAGUCCAGUCCCUGUGCCUUGAGAUGCAGCAGUACAAAGAGGAGAAGGAGAAACUAAACAGAGAAGUGCUGGAGCUUAGGAAAAGGCUUCAGGAGGAGGAAGACGCAGAGAAGAGAUAUAGUGAAGAGGUGGCCACCUCUGCCCUUCGUCUCCAGGGCCUUGAGGAGGAAAGACGGAGACAGGAAGAGGAGAUGCUGAGGAUCAAAGAUGAGCAUAGGGAGGAAGUGGAGAGAGUCAGGCAGCUGUUGGAGGAGAGGGAGAAAGAACUGAAGUUUAGAGAGGAAGAGGUCAUGGGACUCAAAGCCUCUAAGAAUCGGCAGAACCAAGCAAAAGCUGGUUUUAGUUGUGAUGAAAGUAUUAGUAUAGAUGAAGCCAAUCCGGAAAGUGGACCUGAUCAGGACAGUAUUAAUUUAUUAAUAACUGGGGAAAUUAUGAUGGAGCGAUACUUGUCUUCAGCUCCACUUGCACACUCUCAGUCUUCUCUAGUCAAUGAAAGCUUUGAAUACUGCAGUCAACUGGACAUCUCUGCAGAUCACAGUUUUGAGCUGAACAGUGAAGUGAUGGGAGAUGAACCUCUGUUGUCAAUUUCAAAGCGUCUUCUCGAAGAACACGACAACCUACAUAACAACUCUAGCCCACAGUGCUAUGUUCCCGUGGCUGAUAAUUCCAAUCCUCAGUCUCAGUCUCAGUGGCACCACCACUCCACUUCUGGAGAUCUGGAGAUGAGUAAACUGUCCGAGCAGCAGUUUGAGGAGAUGGACCUGGAAAAAGAGCUGUUGAAUCAGCAGUGCGGGGAACUCCGUGAGGAGCUGGCUCUCAAGGAGAGGGACUUAAAUGUGUUAAGGGAGGAAGUCAUUAAGAGUGCUGAAGAGCUAGAGGAGGCCAGGGGCAGGUGGGCUCAAGUAACAGAGGAGCUCAGACAGGCUCUCUGGGAACUUGAAGAGGAAAAGGAGAAGAGGAGUCAUGUUGAGGAGGAGAUGAACUUGAAAGCCCGUGAACAAGGCAUCCUGAAGAACAAACUCAGUGCCUUAAUGGAGGAAAAAGAGAAUGCAGUAGUGUUGAUGGGAAAGGAAGCUGCUGAAACUCUCCUGCUCGUCCCUGAUACCUUUCCAUCAGAGGAGGAAGAUAAACCGGUAGGGGAGCUUAAGAAGGAGGCUGCACCCCCGUCUCAUCAAAAGCAGCAGCAGGAGCUGCUGGCAUCGUCUCUGCAGGAGAUAAAGCAGAGUGCAGACUCUGCCAAACAGAGCCCAGAGCUCAAAGAUGACAACCAGCUGAAAACACUACAGGCCCAUUGUGACUAUCUCAUGUCAGAGCUAGAGGAGACAAAAACAAAGCUUAAAGCUGCCUUAUUAAAUCAAAGGACUAUGAAGUGGAAUGAAACAUUUAAGGAGCCUGAAUCAACACAUGCACAGGUUCUGAAUGUCCAAACAGAGGUGGAGAGACUGCAGAAAGAGCUGGAGAAGAGCCAAGACAGUCUGGACAGUGCUGAGAAAGAGAAGAAUGAACUGGAAUCUCAGCUCUUCAGUCUGAGACAAAACCUGGCCAACUUGGAGGAGGCCCAGGCCCAGGCAGCGCAGGAGAGGGAGGAGCAUAAGAGAAAAGAAGAGGAGAUGGAUGAGCGGAUUAAAAAAAUGGAACAAGUCUUAGAGGAGGAACUUGAACAGUUUGAGAUCCUGCUAAAAGCAAAGGAUGUUGAGUUGGCUGAAGAGAAGGAGAAAUGGGAGGAAGAGAAGCAGGAGAAGGAGAAAGAGCUCCUUGAUGUGAGACAUCUCAUGGAGGGGCAGAGGAGGGAGAGGGAAGAGGAGGUUAAGGCUCUCAUGGAGAAGCAGGUCUUGGCUCUGGAGGGGGUGAGAGAGAGUCUCAAGACAUCUCACCAACAGGAGAUAAAAGACCUGGUGGAGAAACAUCAAGAAGAGAUUUCUGAGUUGAAAACUCACAUGGAGAGAGAGCUGCUGGAGCGGCAGGCCAGUAUGGAGGAAGAACAAAAGAGACAAAUCAGCUUGAUCAAACAGGUGACUGAACGUGAGCAUGAGAGGAUGGUGUCAGAGCUGACUGUCAAACACAGUGAGGAGGUUAGUCAACUGAAGACAGAGCUGUCCCUGGAGCUGAGGGAGAGCUUGGAGGCUGCCCACCAAGCUGAACUGCAGCAGGCACAGGCCCAAAAGACCCUCGAGCUUGAAGCCUUGCGUCUGAGCCUGACCUGUGUCCACAUGUCCCAGCUGGAACGCUCCCUAAACUUGCAGCAGGAGCAGGAGUCUCCGCUCACCAUGGUCCAUGCCCACCUGAGCGAGACAUUCACUCAGGAGAGUGCAUCCCUGCAGGCCAAGGAUCAAUUAGAACUGGACCAGCUCAGACUUCAGAACCAGGAGCAGCUGGAGAGACUGCGCGAGCUGCACCAACGAGACAUGGAUGAGUUGACGCAGCAGUGGGAGACUCGUGUUGCUCAGGAGAGAGCCUCCAUGGAGGAAAAGCAGGUCAAAGAGAUACAGGCUCUAAGGUUACAGUGGGAGAAAGAGGCUGAGAGCACGGGGUCAAACCUCCAGACAUCUCUCUCAGAGACCCAGAACAGCCUCGCUGCUAGUCAGACAGAACUUGCGAGCACCAAGGCCUCCCUCACCCAGAUCAACAAAGCUCUAUCUGAAGCUCAGGCAGCUCUGUCACUGACCCAGUCAGAGUUGCAGGAGUCAAGGGCAAGGCUGGAGGAACUCCAGACCUCCAGUAAGGAGGAGAUCCAAAAAUUAGAGGCGGAGCUGAAACAAGCCUGGGCUGACAGAAAUGCUGCUGCAUGUUCCCUCGAGGAAUUGGUUUCUAGUCAUAAGGCAGUGCUGCAGGAGAAAGAGCGGCAAGCAUUGUACCUAGAGGAGAAGGAGCAGCAACUACAGCAAGAGAUUUUGCGUCUAGAGGAGGAGAAGACUUUGCUGAAACAGAGCUCAGAACAGGAAGUAGGUCAGCUGUGGACCCAGCUGGAGAGCAUGAGGACUAGUCGCCAGGAGUUGGGAGAGCUAAAGGAGCAGCUGCUUGCUCGCUCAUCUCGUGUUGAUGACAUCGAACGCCUAAAGACAGAGUUUAAUGAACAAAAACGAGUAAUCAAAGAGCAGAAUGAGGCUGAGCUAGAAAGCCUGAGGAGAUAUUUUGAGCAGCGUUUGCGGACAGCAGAAGAAAGCUACAGAGAAGAAAUUGCUCUUCUCCAGCUAAGGCUGGUAGAAGGUGCUUUGGAGGAAUCAGUGCUUAAAACCACAUAUGACAGUUCCAUUUCUCAAGAUGAAGCUGAGGAGGAAAAAGAUGUUCUUUCUGAUACCAGCCUCAAACUUGAGAAACACACGGUAAAGGAAUUGCUUGACAGUUUGCAUCUUCAGCUGGAGGAGAAACACUCAGUGGAGCUUGCCAGUCUGCAAUCCUCCUUAGCUCUUUCCUUUAAGGAAGAGGUGCAGCAGGUGCGCUCAGACCUCACCGAUCAUUACUAUGAAGAGCUACAGGAGAUGAAGGCUCGUCAUGCUCUGGAACUAGAGCAAAUCAAAGCCAAACUCUCUGACAGUCACUUACGAGAGCUUACCAGAUCACGUUUGGAGGCUGCAAGGCAGGUUGAGGUGGAGGUUGAACAGAGGCUGUGGUGUCACACUGAGGAGCUGCACACAAGGUUGACCAUCAUCCACACCCUGGAGAACAGACUGGCUGCCUUGAGUGAACAGCAUGAUGCAGAAAUGCAGAAAAACACACAAAAGUUGAAACAGGAGUUUGCUGGGGAGCUCAUUUGUCUUGAGGAAGCCCUGAAACAAGAGAGGGAGCGUGUGCAGGAGGAGAUAAGGAAGCUGAGAGAAGAGCUCCAAGAGAAGCAUGAAGCGGAGAUAUCUGUCCUGAAGUCAGAUCUUGACAGGGAGACUGAGAAGGAGAGGACACGCCUUGAAAAAGCACUUCAUGAGGAGAAGGAGAAGCUAAGGUCUCUACAGGCUGCACUGGACAAUGAUAAGAGUCCACAGGUCCUGAUAGUGAGACAGAGACUGGAGGCCCAGUAUAACAGUGAGCUGCAAAGGGCAAAGAGCUGCAUGGCAACAGAAAUCAAGGAGCUCACCGCUCUCCUCCAGGAGCAGAGUGAAGAGCGGCUACGUCAAGCUCAACAGAGGUUCCAAGAGGAAAAAGCAGUGUUGGAGCAGUGUUUGGUCCAGAAAUAUGAAAUCUCCCUGGCAGAGCUAAAGAACCAACAUCAAACUGAGCUGGAACAUGAGAGAGCAACACUACUGAACAAACACUCCCAAGAGAUGGACACACUCAAUGUCGAACACAGAGCACAGCUACAUUCACUCAGUGCCAGUCACAGAGAUCAGCUUGCAGCUAUGGCCGUUAAUCUUGAAUCCAAACACAACGCUGAGAUUGUUUCCUUGGAAGCGGCCCUCAAUUCCAAACGAGAGGCAGACCUUGGAAGUCUGGAGGCUGUGUUUCAGGAGACCAAUCAGGCUCAGCUGGAGGCUUUAGAAGCUGAGUUAACUCGCAAACACCAGGAAGAAAGGGAUGAAUUGGAAAAGAGGAUGCUGGGUAAUAUGGACACUUUGGAGGCAACAUACCUGAAGGAAGUGCAAACACUGCGUGAUGAACUGGUGCAGCUUGAAGAGAGGCACCGUCAGGAUCUGAAUCACCAGAAGUCGGAUCAGAGGCAAUUAAUGGAGCGCAAUGCCGCAGAACAGCUGACCAUCAGGGAGGAACUGAGGAAAGAAUUGGCUCAGGUGCACAUGGAGAAGUUUAGUGCCAUGGCAGCAGAGCUCAGCCACGUUCACAAGACUGAGCUAGCUGCUCAAAAAGAGGCCUUAGAUAUUGAACACUGCAAAGCCCUGGAGACCCUUAAGAAGCAGGUUUUAGAGCUCGAGCAACAACAUAGCACUGCUCUCCAGGAGCUCUCGCAUACCUACGGUGCUGAGAAAGAGCAACUCAUUGAACAGCACCAACUCCAGCUACAGGAACUCAGGAGUAUCUCUGCACGGGAAUUGGAGGCAUGUCGCAGGGAGCUUGAAGAGGAGUCGUCAAGGCAACGUCAGCACUUCCUAGAAGAGGUGGAGCUCCUCAAAGUCCAAUCAGAGGAGAGGCUGCAGGAUAGGAUUAAUCAGCUGAAGACGGAGUUUGAAGUGCAGAAGGACGCGGGGCUUGAAGACCUGAGGCGGAGCUUCACAUAUGAACAAGAGAAGAAGGAGCAGAGCUACACGGGCAAAAUGAGCCAACUUACCGCCCAGCUGCAGCAACUUGAUGCUGUGGUGGCCCAGCUGCGAGCAGAGGUUGGCUGUCUGCAGGAAGAGUUAGAAGGGAAGCGCGCAGAGAUGGAGACCUUGGACACCCUCCUCCAACGAAGGGAACGAGAAAGUCAGGAGGGAGGCAAUCUACUAAAGAUGCUUACUGACGACUUGCAGACUGCCAAAGAUGAAAGACGUAAACUUCACAAAGCCAAUGAAAAGCUGAGUAAGGUGCUGAUUGAGAUGGUUCGCAGCAUCGUUGCAACAGAAGAGCUGAUCGGACAAAAGAUCAGUGCCGGAGCCAAAACAUGUCGGCAGGCGACUCAUCAGAGGACUUCAGCAGGGAUCAAAGAUGCACAAGAGUCAGGUAUUUCAGUUGCAGACUUGUCAUCAGAGGACCUGGAGCUGACCCAGCUGCUCUGUGAGAGCCUGCUGGUUUCAGAUGCCCAGAUCAAUCCCGGGGGAGAAGAAGCAGCUCUGAAUGCCUGCACCAGACUGCGACACACAGUAGACACGCUAUUGGAGCUGCUCAACCAGGCCAACACACAGCUGGAGCGGACUCAUGAUGUCCACCUUUCUCUGGAGGAAAAGUUCUCUCAGGGCAGAGAAGACUCCGCCCAGCUCCUUAAGCAGCACGAGCUCUUACUGGAGCAGCUCGAUCAGGAGGCGAAGCUGAAGAGUCAGCUCCAGCUGGAGCUACACAAGACAGAGGGGCUCCUAGAGGGCUAUGUGGCUGAGAAAGUGGUGCUAGAGGAGUCUCUGCAGCAGAAGGAGGCACAAGAGGAGAGACUAGUGGAAGAGCUGGAGGACAUGAAGGUGAAGCUGCACCAGAUACAGAACCUCACUGGAGAGCUGGAAAUCCUCAGACUGAAGCAUCAGGAGCUCAGUGAGGAGCACACAAUUCUCCUGCGUCAGAAGGAGCAUCUCUCUGCUGGUCUGGGGGAGAGGGAGAAAGCUCUACUAGCAGAGACAGAGCGUUUGACCCAGGAUAGGCUGGACUUGCAGCGGCAGGCGGAGAAGGACCACAGCUCUCUGUCCCAGCGUCUCAGGGCCCUGGAAAGAGAGUUGGAAGAGCAGGAAACAAAGAGCCUGGAGACAGAGCUGUACCACAAGACCCACACUGAUGACCUCAACCAGCAAGUCCAAGCACUUGAGAAACAACUGAAACAUGACCGGCAGUUUAUAGAGGAGCAAGCUGUGGAGCGUGAACAUGAGAGAGACGAGUUCCAACAGGAGAUCCGAAGGCUGGAGGCCCAACUCAGACAGACAGCCAGUGUGGAUAACAAAGGACACAGGUUUGAGGACUUGGUUCUGCAGGUGGAAAGUCUACAAGCUAUCAUCAAAGACAAGACAGAGGACCAUACCUCCUUGCUCGCAGCCAAUCAGCAGGCCCAGCGCGAUCUUGCAGAACGCAACGAGGAGAUAGACAAACUAGCCGGGCGAAUCAGAGAGCUAGAGCAAGCACUACUUAACAGCGCUGAGAGUAAUAGAUCUGUCAGUGACCUUGAACAAGAGCUUCACAGGGCAAAGUUGAGAGAACAGGAGCUCACACAAGAUAAGCAGGCACUGGAGCAGCAGCAGCUGUCUAACAGGCUUCAGAUCUCCGCCCUGCAGUCCAAACUGGAUGAGACGAGACACUGUUACCAUGACAACAUGCGUGACCCCACUCAGGAGCUUAGGGAUGCCCUGGACACUGCUCAGCAGAGCCUACAGAGCAAAGAGCAGGAGGUUGAAGUCCUGCUUGGCCAACUGGAGAAUGUUCAGAGAGACUUGAGCAUCAAAGAGGUUGAGCUAAAACACCUCACACUACAGCUGGAGCUACUGACCAAUCAGAAUGCAGCUCGUGUUAAUGAGCUCCAAGAGCAGAUUGCUGCACUGAAGGAGACUGUGUUGGCCCUCACUAUAUUCAAGGAGGAGAAAGAGGAACAAAGUAAAGUGGAGGAAGCAGAGGUAGAAACCCUCCCUUCAGCACUAAUCCAGGAGAAAAACCAGGAGAUCGAUCACCUCAACAAUGAGAUCCAAAGGCUUGAACAGGAGCUGGAGAACACCAGAGACAACAAGGCUUUGGAGGUUGAGCUUGAGGAUCUGCGCUCACAGGUGGAACAUCUUCAGUCCGAAAUCACGAGAGUCCGUCAGGACAAAGAGGAAGAAGAGGAGCGCCUCCAUGAGGUCAUCAGCACGCUGCAGGCAGAACUCGCCACAUUGGGCCCCAACUUGCAUGAGGUUAGCGACUCUCAGGAUGGCGACAGCAUCAAUCCCUCGCCCGCUCCCAGCCCUGAACCUCACCACUACACCAUCCAGGAACAGGAGAGGAGGGGAGGGCCGAGCAGCCUGAAACAAGAGCUCAGUCUGACUCAUUCUGCCUCUUCUCGUUCCCUUCAAUCUCAUCUCAAGGCCCUUCAGAGUCAGCUAGAGACUGCAGUGGCAGAGAAAGAAGGACUGGAGCGAUUACUAUUCACCCAGGAGGAAGAGUACAGAGGACAUGGGGAGGAGUUCGGAAGGAGGCUAAAAGCUGAGAGAGAAAAGGCAGAUGAGCUCCAAGGUCUCCUCACCCUCAAGGAAGCUCUGCUGGAGGAGUUGAAAGCCCAGGUAGAAGAGGAGACGGACAAGAGGAAACUAUCUGAGGAGGAGAUGGACAAUUGGAAAUUUAAAGCUGAAGAAGCGAGCUCCCUGCAUGAAGAGAAAGCCCACCUUAACACCCUGGUUACCGAACUCCAAAAGAAAGAACAGGAGAGGGUGAGAGAGAUUGAGGCUCUAAAAACAAAAGAGCAGGAGAUGAAAAUAGAAAUGGAGGUCCUCAGAGAAACGAGUCUCACUCAUGAGAGACAAGUCCAGGAGGUGAGAGCCGAGGUGGUAAACAUGGAGGAACUGGUUGCUGUGGAAAGAGCAAAGAUUAAAACGCUGGAGACUGUGAAGGGAGAACUUUCUGCUGAAAGUGAGGCACUGAGGAGGAGGGAGGGGCAACUCCAGGAGGAAACUGAAAGGCUAAGACACGAUGUGACGUUAAUGACAGCCCUUAUCGAGGACCUGACAGUUAAGCUAGAUGAAAAGGAAACCAGUCAAGAAGAGGCUCAUAAGGAGGUGCUGACACAUGCUGAGGUGACCCUGGCUGAAGCAGACGCUGCCUUGAGACAGAAGGAAGCUGAGCUAAUCAGACUGAGGGCAGAGCAGCAGUCCCUGAGGGCGGAGCUGACUGCAGCGAAACAGGGUCUGAGUACCAGUACAGAGAGGGCAGAGAAACUACAUGAGGAGGGACAGAACAAAGACCGUGCCCUUGUCGACCUGGAGACGGAUAACCAGCGGCUGAAGGCAGAGCUUCGAGGUUUACAGGAGGACCUGGCUGUACAGGAAGAGGAACUGGCCUAUCAACAGAGAGAACUACAGCAACUUCGUCAGCACUGUCAACAGCAGGACGCACUUCAUCAUCAACAAGGAUACUCACAGAAAGAUAUUUCUCAGAGAGCGUUUGAGGACGUUGUGAGUGUCUCUCGCGAUGAAGCCUCUCUGAGCUCUCCGGAGGUUUUAAGGAGACUUGAAUGCUCCGAGGACAGAAUCCAAGAACGGUUCCAUGCCUCUGUUCUUGGUUCUCGUCUGUCUGAGUUAAGCGCUCUAAACAGCACAAGCCUGGAUCUGCCCAAGGUCAAGACCUCUCCCAGGGUUAUGAUGGAGCCUCCCCACUCUAGGACCAUCACACCAGAUCCAGCCACACAGAGUACCCACUCCCCAGGCUCAAUGUCAGUCUCUGACAACUUCUCCAUGCUUGACUCUCUGGAUGCUGACAAAGAGCGUGAGUUGGAAGGACUUGACCUAACAGCCCCUCCAUCUCCACUGGGUUCAGCCUCCUCCUUAUCAGCACCAGAAUGGGCCAGUGAUGGAUAUGGAAGUAACGUGAGUUCAGAGUUGGGUGCCAGGCUGAGAGUGGAGCUUGAACAGACUGAAAGACUGGAUGCCCAGUUUAUUGAGUACCUCCGCUGCCGAGGAAUUAACCCAACAGUUAACACAGAUAGUGCUGCAGGCAGUAUGAGCUACAGCGAUGACCUGCUAUCACCUGAGCUUCAGGGACUGUUAAAGAAAGUAUAUCAAGAAAGCUGCAGAAUUCUCACCUUGUCCCAACGGCGUGCCACUUCCUCUAUCCAGCCUCAUGUCUCAGACCUAAAAGCCUUCUCUAUGAGUCACACACAGCAUCACUAUGAAGAUAGCUCCACCCUACUGGACCACCAGGACAAAUCAUCCUCCAACCCCCCCAUGAACUGGCAGCAGGAGAAGAGGGCACUGCAGGAGACCGUGAUUGCUCUCCGAGAGUUGCUCUGUCGAAUGGCACAGAGACACACACAGACUGACUACAGAGCUGAAGAUGACUGGCACAGAGAUCGACUACAGACAGAUGGACAGGUUGAAUCCCAACUAAAAGCAGAGCUGGAAGAGUGCCGGAAACAACUGAAAUGUGCUCAUGACACUCAGCAAGAGCAAAGUAACAAAAUACAGUCCCUCAGGCUCGCUGUAGAAGAAGUUGAGGAAGCUUUUAGGAGGGAGGAGACCAGAGUCCAGGAGCUUCAACAACAGCUGGAGCAGGAGAGAGCUCUGAGUCUUCGUAAAGACAGAGAGGAAGAGGCAAAGAGAGAGGCGGUGCAAGUAUCCGCUGAGCAGCAGAGGUCAGAGGUCAUGGCUCUGAAGGGUCAGGUAGAGCGCGAGAGGGUGGCCUGCAGCAACCUCAGACGUGAGCUUCAGAUUGAACAGUCUCGCAGUGGGCUGCUGGAGAAACGGCUAGACGACACCCAGCGGGAGCUAGAAGAUGAGCGUCAACGCUCUGCCAACCAGCAAGAUCUCAACCUGAAAGAAAAGACUCGUAUCGAGCGUCUCCUGACUGAAGCAGAAUCGCGCUUAGGGGAGAUUCACUCUAAACUUGCAGAUGCUCACAGGAAGCUGGAUGAAGAGAGAGACCGAUGCUCCAGGCAGGUGGAUGAACUCAGCCGCAGACAUGAGGCUGAUGCAGCUAGAGACAGAAAGUUCAUCUCUGACAUGCGUGCCCAGCUACAGCAGGAGCGAAGCCAGGGGGAGGAGCUGGCAGCUGUGGUGGACAAACUGAGGGCCGAGCUACUGCAGAGCAGAAGGAAAUGGGAAGAGGAGGACAGAACUCGGAGGGAGGACCUGCAGAGGGAGCGGGAGGCCUCCACUCGACAUCGUGUAGCUAUGGAGACCUUGAGCGAGCAGAAACGGGAAGCCAGCCGUGCUUUAGAAGUGGAGCGAGAGCAGUCCCAACGCCAAGGGGUGGAACUCGCAGAGCUGAAGGAGCGACUCCGACUGCUGAAGGAAAAAGAAAGGGAGAGGGAGGAGCAGUGGGAGAGCGAGAGGAGGAAGGGGAGACAAGAGCAGGUGGAGAAGGAGAGACGACAGGAGAGGACCAAUAACAAACUGUGUGAGUUGGAGUUGUUGAGACAACAGGACCAGCAGCGCAUGCAGGAGCUGCAGCACACUCUGGCAGAGCUUGAGAGAGAGGAGAGAGAAAUGGCUGCUCAGAGGCUGUCUGGAUGGACCACAGGGCAGCAACACAAGGCUGCAUCUUCACAGCAUCUUCAAAGUAACUUCCAGACUGAUAGCACCCAGGCAGGCAGCUCACAGCAAAACCAGCAGAUGUCGCCAUCAUCCUCCAGUCUGCUGGAGCAGCUGUUGAAGGAGAACUCGGAGUUGACAGAGCGUGUAACAUCACUGAGCCAGGAAAGAGCCACUCUCAAACAUAGACUCACCUUCCUGGAGCGACAGCUGCGCCGCACAGAGAAUGAGCUUGCCAAGGUCACCACAGAAACUGAAAACAGACCCAUCAAUGAUGUGACCAGCAACAGCAAGGUGCAGCGUUUAUAUGAGCGUUACCUGCGUGCUGAGAGCUUCAGGAAGGCUCUGGUGUACCAGAAGCGUUACCUGCUACUGUUGUUGGGAGGUUUCCAGGAGUGUGAGCAGGCCACCCUGUGUCUCAUCGCUCAUAUGGGGGCACGGCCCUCACCCCCACUCUCCUCCCAGCGCAGACCCCUCGGACGAUUUAGGGCUGCUGUACGAGUCGUCAUCGCAGUCUUACGAAUGAGGUUCCUUACCAGGAAAUGGCAGAGAGCAAUUAGAAGAUUGUCUGUGUCUGGAACUGUCAAUGGGAAUGCUCCAGGUCAGCUCGGGCCUAAAGCGGAAGUUUUAAGGCAGCAACAGCCAAGAUCAAAUUCUGACUCACCCCCAAACAGAGACACAGUGUCAGCUCUCGUUCCACCCAGCAAAUCACCCUUCAGGUUGCACAACAGGUCAUACUCCAGCACCACUCUGGCUUCGGGGCAUUCAGGGGGAACUUCACUAGAUCCAGAGCGAUCCCUGACAGAAUAUAUCCAUCAUCUAGAGAAAGUCCAGCAGCGGUUGGUGGGAGCCAGGCAAGUAAGCAAGACUCAUUUAGCCCUGCCCCCUAAAGAGGAAAGGAGGAUACAGUCAGCCUGUUCCCCUGAUAUGAUUGGUUAUCGGCAGCGCUGGCUGCAGGAGAACAGGACGUGGCUGUACCUGAGCUGCUUGUCGCCACUUUACCUGUAUGGUCCAGGCUCGUCAGUUCUCCAGCCCAACCCAAAGUAAUCUGACCACUGAAAGACGAAAUGUCUCCUGUCUGCAUAUCGUUCCAAAACUGUCCAUGCCUUACACCUCCUGUAGAAAUAUGUAGAAAGGAAUGUCAGAUAUGUGUUGAAUCUUUGAUCACGUGAUUUUUACAAGUACAUAAAUUAUUUUUUAAGCUUUUUCUAUUGUGAUUUUUCUAUUCUCUGUACCUGAGUAUUUUGAAGGUCACCCCUGAGAUGUUGCAAGAACAAAUGUUUUUGAUUAUUUUAAAUAACGCUGUGUUAUUCAACAAAUGUUUAAUACCAUUUUGUUGAUAUGUAAAUAAGACUGAUGUUCAUUGUACAUGUGUCUAAAUGUGCAUUGGUUUUAUACUGGAAAUCCAUGAUUAACAUAGCCAGUGACUACAUUAUUUCAUAAAGGUGAACCGUAUGUGUUUUUGUAUUAUCUAUGUUUCUACCGUGAAGUUAAUAAAUAUUUUACCAUAAAUGUGUGAUUACAAACAAACACAGACUGAGUUUAUCUUGUGGUAGCUCAAAAUUUAAGUAUAUCCUGGGGUGUCUGUCA